UACACUAGACCCUGAAGUGGGCCGCUUCAAGUCUCGCCCCAUCCGAUCUCCAGGCUGUCCCCGCAUCCCGACAUCUGCAAGGGCAAUCGGCUUUUGACCUCGACCGCACCGAAAAGCCUAACAGGGCAGACUUUCCGCUCCAAAGACAGCGUACCCAAUUCGUACCAUUCCCGGCAUCGCGGGGUUCCCGCGCACUACGGCGAACCUGCGCUCAAGCGCCGUAUCCACUUCCGUGGUACGAUGCCGGACCACGACUCAGUUCCGGUCUCGCUGCCGUCCGGCGGGCAGGACGGCUACGGUGGCACUUUCAAUGGUCCUUCGCCGCCGCCGCAGCCAUCCAAGAAGAAGCCCAGACGCGGCACCGAUCCCGCCAACCAAAAGCGGAGGUGCGUCAGCACAGCGUGUAUUGCCUGUCGGAAGAGAAAGUCCAAGUGCGAUGGCGCCCUCCCGAGUUGUGCUGCCUGUGCCAGCGUCUACGGAACCGAGUGUGUUUACGAUCCCAAUUCGGAUCAUCGCCGGAAAGGUGUGUAUCGUGAGAAGACGGACAGUAUGAAAGCGAGGAGCUCCACUCUCCAGAUCCUGAUCGAGGCCAUCCUGAACGCCGCCGAGGAGGAUGUACCGGCUAUUGUGCAGAAGAUUCGUACAUGUGACAGCCUUGACGCUGUGGCUGAGUCCAUCCUCAAGAACGAUGCGGUAGACGAUGAGGACGAGGAUGUGAAUGCGGCUGGUCGCAUGGACAACGACUAUGCCGCAGGCCAGUCGGUCGAGGGCGAGAAGGAACUUGCGCGCAAGAUGGGCGAGCUUCGACUAGAGAAUGGUUCUGUCCGCUACUACGGCGGCACAUCUCACUUGAUCUACGUGGGAGACGCCGCAGACGUUGUCGACGAGCCGGAAUCCGACACCAGCCCGUCUGGCGAGGACCCGACUACCAGUUGGACCGAGGUCACCAAGGACACGCAAUUAAUCGUCCACCUGAUGAACAUGUACUUCAACUGGCACUACCCCUAUUUUGCCACCCUCUCAAAAUCCCUAUUUUACCGAGACUUCCUCAGAGGGAAACCGAAAGGGCAGCCCAGAUCUACGGUAUACUGCUCGUCGCUGCUGGUAAACGCCAUGUUAGCGCUUGGCUGCCAUUUCACCAGCGUGGCCGGCGCCUUUGCGGUUCCCGGCGACAGCAAGACAAAAGGCGACCACUUCUUUGCGGAAGCGAAACGUUUGAUAGUCGAGAACGAUGAGUACGCGAAGCCAAGGCUCACCACGGUGCAGGCGCUUGCGCUCAUGUCCGUGCGCGAAGCUGGGUGUGGUCGGGAGGCCAAUGGGUGGGUGUACAGCGGGAUGAGUUUCCGCAUGGCACAGGACAUCGGGCUCAACUUGAACCUCGGAGGGAUGCACAAGGACUCGCUGGAUGAACAAGAAAUCGAUGCUCGCCGGAUUACAUUCUGGGGGUGUUUCCUAUUUGAUAAGUGUUGGUCCAACUACCUCGGCCGCCUGCCCCAGCUGCCCAAGAACACGUACAAUGUUCCCAAGUACGAUGUCUUCCCAGAUGAAGAUGCCGAGCCGUGGUCGCCAUACACCGACAGCGGAUUUGAUCGCUCAUUCAAGCAGCCGUCUCGCACACGGGCAGCCGGGCUGCACCUCAGCAAGCUCUGCGAAAUCAGCAGCGACCUCCUGCUCUUCUUUUACCACCCCAACUAUAUUGCACGGUCGACUGGCAAGAACGUCGAGCUCAAGAAGCUCAGCGAACUGCAUCGCCGCCUGGAAGACUGGAAGAAGGAAUUGCCCAGCGAAUUCGAGCCUAAAGACGGCCAGCUGCCGCAUAUCAUCUUGAUGCAUAUGUUUUUCCACCUGCAAUACAUCCAUCUGUUCAAGGCCUUCCUCAAAUACACGCCGCAAACAUCGCCUUUGCCGCCGCAUGUCUCGCCCUGGCGGAUGUGUGGUGCCAACGCUGGGGCCAUCUCGAAGCUCAUGCGCCUGUACAAGAAGAUGUACGAUCUGAGGCAAAUAUGUAACAUUGCAGUAUACAUGGAACAAACGGCCUGCACAAUACACAUCCUGCACUUGCCGGAAAAGACGGCCAAGCGAGACAUCAUCCACGGGGUCAAGCAUCUGGAGGAGAUCGCCGAGGACUGGCUGUGCGCGCGGAGGGCGCUGAGCACGCUGAGCGUGUUGGCGCGGAAGUGGAAGAUCGAGCUGCCGGAAGAAGCUGCUCUUGUCCUACAACGAACCGACGAAAAGUACGGGACCGUUAACAUCUCGGACGUUCCUUCGCCAAAUCGGUCGGUGCCCUCUGCUGCGACAUCGCCGCAGUCGCCGCAAACAAACGACACGGCCACGCGGCCGAUGGAACUCGACAUGCCGACAACAACCAUGUCCUCUGACACGAUAAGCAGCCUCGCCGGAUUGGGACCGAACCUGCACAAUAUACAAACCCCAACACGGCAAAUAACACAACCAGUCACCACAACAACGCCCAUGAGCCAUCCGCUUUCCACGAUGGGCUCCUGGACUGUCUCACCCGUAACACGGAGCAUGCCCAGCUAUGCACAGGCGUUCGCUCCUAUCCAUGCUCAGGCCAGCAUGGGACCGCCGCCGUCGUCUUCUCGCCCGGGACGCCAAACCACCACCAGCUCCCCUUACGCCAUCGACGGACAGGACUGGUACCUGAGGGACGGCGUGACCUGGCAGCAAAAUUUCCAGACGUGGGGUCUUGGCACAGGCGCCAACGAGCAGUCGAAUGCGCGCGGAAGCAACCCAAGCAACGGGAUGGCUGAUCCUUCCAUGUUUGUGUUCCGGGGCGUUAACUUGGACGACGUAGAUUCGGGGUUUGAGUCACUAGGAAUGGGCAGCUUAGACCACUUACCAGGACUAGACUAGGCGUCUGCCCGGGGUUGCGGUUGCUCUAUAUAUCGAGGAAGGAGGUGCGAUGACUCCCGAUCAUGUGUUCGGUUCUGGGAUGCAUAUAUUGGCGCGGCAGACUACAGGCAGGAAAAGCUGGGAGGUUACUAUCGCUACUUUCUGUUUGCAGGGACAUCGGAACCACUAGAUA